AUGGUGGCUCGCAGGUUCGUAGUCCGGCAGGUCCCCGCCGACGAGGAGCACACGGUCGAGUACGACACGGAAGACGGACUCGACGUCCUCCGGUUUCAGAUCUUCUCGCUCACCUCCGUCCCGCCCGACCUCCAGAAGAUCGUAGUGGAAGCGGAUGGCUCCGUGGUCGACGACGGCACCGACCUCGAGUCAAUUCCCGAGGGCCUGUGCCUCAUGUCCAUUUACGAGGGGGAGGACGCGGACGCGGCUUCGGCGGCGGCGCCGGCGCAGGAGAAGUCCGACGAGGAACUGGUGAGGUUGAUUGAGAUCAAGGUGGAGGCGGAUGGCUCCGUGGUCGACGACGGCACCGACCUCGAGUCCAUUUCUGAGGUCCUCCGCCUCGUCCCCGUCGGCGAGGGGGGUGACGUGGACGCAGCUGCGGCUGCAGCUGUGAGGGCGCAGAAGAAGUCCGACGAGGAGCUCGCGAUGAUGAUUCAGGAGGAAGAAGAGGCACUUCUACUGCAACAGUACAGCAUACAAAGUGACGGAGGAGAGGUUUUCAGAGAAAGAGUUGAGCCAUACAUGCGCCAGGUUCUGAAGUACGAGGAUCCGGUGCGUCAGGAAUCAGCUCUGAAAACGGUUCCUGUAGAUGAACUUAAGGAGAAGGCGCUGAUUUCACUGGCCAAGGAAGGGAUCUUCAGUCCUUCGAAAAAUGAAGAGGAUCAUGCCUUUCUGUUGCAAUUGCUUUUCUGGUUUAAGCAAUCAUUCAGAUGGGUUAAUGCACCAGCUUGUGACAUCUGUGACCGUGAAACAUCUAUGGUUGGAAUGGGAAACCCACUUCCCUCAGAAAUUGAAUUCGGUGCCUCCCGUGUCGAGAUCUAUAGGUGCAACCAUUGUUCGAGCAUCACCCGUUUCCCAAGGUACAAUGAUCCGCAUAAGCUUAUACAAACUAGGAAAGGACGCUGUGGAGAAUGGGCGAAUUGCUUCACAUUCUACUGUCGGGUUUUUGGAUAUGAAGCUCGUUUGAUUCUGGAUUUCACUGAUCAUGUUUGGACAGAAUGUUUUUCAAACCUCUAUGGGAGAUGGAUUCACUUAGAUCCAUGCGAAGGAGUCUAUGAUAAUCCCUUGCUGUAUGAGAAAGGGUGGAACAAGAAAUUAGAUUAUGCAAUUGGUAUCUCAAAAGAUGGAGUACAUGAUAUAACAAAACGCUACACCAGAAAGUGGCAUGAGGUUCUCUCUAGGCGGACCAUUACCUCCGAGGAUACAGUUUCAGCUAUUCUGAUGAAUAUAACUAGAAAGUGUCGCAGUGGAUUGUCAAGUGAUGAACUCUUAGCCUUAGAAAACCGUGACAGGAAAGAGUCCGAGGAACUUAGUAAAGCUACCUAUCUUGAAGUUAACAACAGCAUAUCUCUACCUGGAAGGCAAAGUGGUUCUGCGGAAUGGAGAGCAGCAAGGUCAGAAUUGGGCCAAGCAGACUCACUCAGUUGCUCGUCGUGUCCUAUUCGGAGAUGUGUGGAUGCUCAUGUUUCAAAAAUACAUGAUGCUCUUUCAGCUAUUCUUUCUCAUUUUUGUGAUAAUAACAUCCCUAAUGAAAGAAUCAUUGAAGUUAUCGUCACAUUGAGGAGCUUGAUGCAAAAUCUUAAAGAUGCCAACUUCAAAAGCAGGAGAGUCGCAUUAGAUCAAAAAUCGCAGCAAAUUUUUGAGAUACUUCCCUCUGCUGAAAGGUUGCUUUCUGCUAUUUCUUUAAAAGCAGAGUUACACACUGUUAGAGAUCCAUCCGUGGCCACAGAUGGAAAUCUAAUACAUACAUCCUUAGCAUUACCAGUAGCACUAGAUGCAGUUGAUGAGAUACUAAGUAACUAUAAGAGCGGUAUCUUUUACACAAAAGGUCAUCAAUUCCCAAGAGGCAAUAGACUCUGUUCAGGUUCAGUCCUUGCAAGCAGUGAGCAGCUCCCAAUUGGAAUUGCAACAGCAGCCUUUGACGGCAUUCGCUUGUCCAAAUGGGAAGAACCUGAUGGAGCCAAAGGAUGUUGGCUAAUGUACAAGGUACAUGGUGGCCAAACUUGUGAGUUGGAGUCAUAUGAUUUGAUGUCAGCUAAUGAUGCUCCCGAGAGGGAUCCAAUGGACUGGGUCCUUGAAGGGAGCACAGACCAAGGGUCUACCUGGAAUACUAUUGAUGCUCGGAGUUCUGUAAUCUUCGGCAGCCGUUUCUGUAGGAAAUCAUUUACUGUUGACAAGAGAUACAAAGCAAGUGUACUUCGAUUUCGGUUUCUACGUGGGAGAGAAUCUAGUGCCAAUCCAAGGUUUCAAAUAGGAUCCAUCGACUUCUACGGGGAAACACACAUGGCCUGA